AUGAAAAGCUCCGCCCUGCUCGCCGCCAUCGGCGCUGCAUCACUGGCUGUCGCCUCUCCCGUCCUGCCCUCGCGGACUCAACCCCAGGUCGAAGCUCGCCAGGCCAAUGGUACCACUCCACCAUGUGCUCAAGUCUCCAACUACGUCUACGGCGAUGGCACUCAACCCGCCAUAAUGACUAUUCCUGCUCAGAUGGCUUGGGACUGCAUCAACGACGUUCCUUUCAACGCUUCAUCAGGAAAGCGACUUCUUCAAGCACUCCGACCUUACAUUGAGUGGCAGAGCACUCUUGCUGAGCUGAAAAACCCACCUGCCGAGUACUCUGAGAAGGUACAGCCUCCCGUCGAUAUCUUUGGCGGACUCGACACCAUGGACCGAUACAUCGACGCCGGUUACUACAAGAAUGAGUACGACUUUGGCUGGAGUCUCUACACCCUGAUCCAAUCCGCUCACGAUGGACAUUUCUCCUACAUUCCCGACUCGGUUGGUUCCAUCUUCACCUGGGGCCGCCCUAUCCCUCUAGUCUCAGUCUCCGAGGACGGAGAGCAGCUGCCCGCAGUCUUUGUCUUUGCUGAUGUUCUCGGUAUGCAAUAUAACAACAUCUCCUACACACCAUCUCCUGUUGUUCGUAUCGACGACAAGGACGCGAGCGAGUUUCUCGAGGAUCUCAGCCAGCUUGGCUCUCUCCAGGAUCGCGAUGCUCUCUACAACAACGUCUUCUACGAGCUCGCCCAGGUCAGCCUUGGUAGUCAAGGUAGCGGAACUGGUAUGUUCACUGGAGGUGGCCGUGGACGCUGGGUCUACCCUGGUGCCACCACAACUCUGCACUUCGCCAACGGCUCUUCCUAUACUAUGGAGAACUACGCUCGCCCUGCUAUUCCGUUCCGCGGAAUCGCUAAUGGUGAAGACUUGGCCAAGAAAUGGUUCAGCUACGGCUCCGCAGGUCCUUCGUUCGCCGAUACACGUGCCCAGUCAGACGAAGAGGAGGCCUCCACUCUUGCUGCUGGCGCCGCAGCUCCUGGUUUUCCCACCCCCCAAGCCGCUGGCCCUAUGAACCUUAUCAACGGCUUCUACAUCGACGCUACUGGUUAUGAAGAUGUUGCGGUAUUGCAAGUGCCCAACUUUGUCGGAUCUAGUUCCGCCGAGAUUCCUUUCCAGCAGCUCACCCAAAAUUUUAUCCCCAAGGCCCUUGCUGACGGAAAGACCAAACUCAUCAUCGAUCUACAAGCCAACGGUGGUGGCACUAUUCUUCAAGGCUAUGACAUGUUCAAGCAAUUGUUCCCCGACAUCGAGCCCCAAGGUACCAACCGAUGGAGGGCGUUUGAAGCUUUGGACCUUGUCGGACAGGCCACAAGCAAGUUUUCGAGCCAGUUCCCUCGGGAGUACAGCAGCAACCGUACCAUUGCUUUCGCUCAGUCCUCUUACUUUGAUUACCACAUGGAUAUGAAGGCUGACGGUACACCAUUUUCUUCGUGGGACGAGAAGUUCGGUCCUCAUGAGGUUAAUGGUGAGCUAUACACUACGCAAAAUCAAUGGAACCUCUCUGACGUCUACGUUCCUUACGUGUCUGGCGGCAUCAACGUUACUGGCUAUGGUCCCCUGGCCAACGUUACAGGACCGCCAAAGUUUGCAGCAGAGAACAUUGUCAUCGUGACCGACGGCUAUUGUGCGUCCACUUGCACCAUCUUCAGCGAGUUGAUGAAGCAGCAGGCGGGCGUCAAGACCAUCGCUAUGGGCGGUCGCAGCAACAAGAACCCCAUCCAGGCCAUCGGUGGCGUCAAGGGCGUCAACAACUAUGCAUUCGGCUUUAUCCAGCAGACCGUACAAUACGCCGUCAAGUUCGACCCUUCGCUCAACGAAUCCAUUUUGGUAGACGACUACUACAGCGACAUUGUCUUCUCCCGUGCCGUCAGUGGAGCCGGGGGCGUCAACACCCGAGACGGUCUUCGUGCGAACGAUACAUCAGGUGUGGCGCUGCAGUUUCAGUACGAGGAGGCUGACUGCCGUCUCUACUACACACCAGAGAUGACAGUUGAUAUCACGGCGCUGUGGAAGUCGGCUGCUGAUGCUCAGUGGAAGAACAGCGGCAAGUGUAUUGGUAGCAGCAGUUACGGCGGUGAUGGGAAGCGUGCUGCUAUUCCCAAGAUCAGCAAGGUUACGACGAAGCUAAGCCCGCCUGUUGCGAGAGUCAAGGCCGCGAAGGUGGAGACGAUGAGGAGGGUCAAGGCGUUUGAGAAGACUUUUGACUUGGAGACCAAGUGUGGGCUCAAGGGAGAUGGGUUCAUGGAGCCGUAA